GCAAGCACAACUAGGUGAAUACAUUUAUGUAUAGCACAAGUGUAUCUCUAUACAUAAAUGUAUACAACAUGUAUAUGCAGCGGCUGCCUCCUGUAGAGCCCAGUAGCUGCCUCGUGUAGAGCCCGGCUGCUGCCUCGUGUAGAGCCCAGCAGCUGCCUCGUGUAGAGCCCAGCAGCUGCCUCGAGUAGAGCCCAGCAGCUGCCUCGUGUAGAGCCCAGCAGCUGCCUCGAGUAGAGCCCAGCAGCUGCCUCGAGUAGAGCCCAGCAGCUGCCUCGUGUAGAGCCCAGCAGCUGCCUCGAGUAGAGCCCAGCAGCUGCCUCGAGUAGAGCCCAGCAGUGGCCUAGUGUUGAGCCCUGCAGCUGCCUCGUGUAGAGCCAAGCAGCUGCCUCGUGUAGAGCCCAGCAGCUGCUGAGCUCUAGGAGCCUGGAACCUCCUACCCCCAGAGCGGGAGACUAUAGCUCCAUCAACCACGCUAUGAUUAGCCACAAUAAGGAAUGAUUCCAGAAACCACUCAAUGCUGCCCAACUGCUACUCUAAGCCUUCCCUUGGCUUAGUUGCCUCUCGAAUCCUUUCCUAUUGUGGCUGUUCACGUCGUGGUUGAUAGAGCCACCGUCCCCCGUUCAUGGAGUCGGAAGUUCGAGGCUCCUAUAGGGCCCAAGUGAAUGAAAUACCUCUAUGUAUUAAUGGAUACAGUCAGUAUAUAUAAUCCUGUACUUUCAUCAGCAUAUAAUUGAACCAAAGUGAGGAUGUAAGGAUUCCUCUCUAUCCCACUAUCAGUCUUGAGGAAAAAAGGAUUUUCCUCGUUUUAAUGAUAACGGUUGAAGGUGUCAACGUACGUUGUGGCCUAAUGAGGCGAGGGGGCUUCCUCCUCACUACAGAGCUCCGGCUGCGUGUCUGGCGUGGCAAUUACUCUAUAUUGAGCUCUCGUCGGGGUUAGUCGACAUGGAUUCCAUCAUAGCUUGGUGACUAUUCUAGUGCUCUCUUUGUGGUUAGGUGACUAGUAUAGCGUGUCGGGAUAGGUGACUAGUCUAGUGCUCUAACCUAGACUAGGUGACAACCCAUGUUCCUACUCGAGUCAUGCUGAUAGGUAGUACUAUAAGUACUCCUAACUAGUACUAACGGUACUCAUAGCUAAUACUUACAACACUCAUCGUUAGUACGAUAGCACUCGUAGACAAUACUAACAGUUAGUACGAUAGCACUCGUAGACAAUACUAACAGUUAGUACAGACAGCCGACGGUGAAGGACUGUUCCAGGCGGGGUGAGUGAAGGAGGUGAACACUUGUGGUGUGUGCGGGAGCGAGCUGGUGGUGAUGACCAUGGCCUGGUCGUGGCUGGUGGUGGCAGGUCAGAGGAUGCUGACCCUGUGGAAAGUUGUCAUGGUGCUCGUUAUUAUAUUUCUGAUGGUGGUGCUGCUGGUGCUUCCCUGGUCCUCCAGGUGCUUCAUCCUCGUCCUUAUAGCAGGGAUGAUUGCUGUAGUGAUGAGGAUUGGAUACUGCCGCUUUCUACCAGAACCCGAGGAACCCGAGGAAUCCGUGGGACCCGUGGGACUUAGGGCGAGACCCGCCCUGAGGUGUGUACGACCCCACGACGGCCGACCACCUCCCUCCCAACCACGACCCUUCAGCCAGACCACCUCCGGCGGCCGGCCAAGGGAACACACAAACACUACUCCAGAACAAUCGUCACUACCCAACUACAUAUAUGGCUUUAGCGAUCCCCUCGCCUCGUCUGCACCCUCUGCAGGAGGCUCCUUCAAGCCUCCCGGAGGAGCCAUGCUGGCCAUCAGCCGACCGGAAGACGGACUUCCUAGUUACGAAGAAGCCAUAAGGACAGCGGCUCAGCCUUCCAAAUUAUAAGCCAGCGGUGAAGGGUCAGCAGGUGUUGCAAACUUUGUUUACCUUUAUUAUAUAUAUUAGUCUUACGCGUAAUUACAAUUUUAUGACAUAUACUCCUGUGUGUGUUUAAAAUUUAAACACAAUAUAUAGCAAUUUUUCCGUUCUUUCCAAUGAUACCAAA